GGCUGUAUUAAAUUUUAUAUCUGAUAAAAAUGGGUUUCAAAGAACAACCAAAAGGCUUCGCCACUAAGGCCAUACACGUUGGCCAGGAUCCAGAGCAGUGGAACAGCGCCUGUGUGAUACCGCCCAUAACAAUGAGCACGAAUUUCAAACAGGAUGCGCCAGGACAAAAUCGAGGUUAUAUUUAUUCGCGUGGUGGCAACCCCACGCGGAAUGUCCUGCAGCAGUGUAUGGCAGCGCUGGAUAAUGCCAGGUAUGGUUUGGUCUUCUCCUCUGGCCUGGGCGCCACGACCGCUGUGCUGACCAUGCUCAGCCGUGGCGAUCACAUAGUGAUGGGCGACGAUGUCUAUGGCGGUACAAAUCGCUUAAUCCGCCAGGUGGCAACGCGCCUUGGUCUAACGGCCACAUUUGUGGAUGCCACAAAUUUGGAAAGUUUUCGUGCCGCUUUCAAACCGGAAACAAAGCUCGUUUGGCUGGAAUCGCCAACAAAUCCGCUGCUAAAAGUCGGGGACAUUAAGGCUCUGGUGCAGAUCAGUCGGGAAUCUUGCAAAGAUGUGAUUGUUGCCGUGGAUAACACCUUUCUCACCUCCUACUUCCAGCGGCCGCUCGAGCUAGGCGCCGAUCUCGUCUGCUAUUCCCUGACCAAAUACAUGAACGGCCACACAGACGUCGUUAUGGGCGGUAUCACAAUGAAUUGCGAUAAGCUCUAUGACAGACUGAAAUUUUUACAAAAUUCAUUGGGCAUUGUACCAUCGCCCUUUGAUUGUUAUCAGGUGAAUCGCAGUUUAAAAACCUUAUCGCUGCGCAUGGAACAACAUCAAGCGAAUGCACUCAAGGUGGCCAAGUUUCUGGAGUCACAUGAUUUCGUGGAGAAGGUUCUACAUCCUGGUCUGCCCUCGCAUCCGCAGCAUCAAUUGGCCCUGGCUCAGACGUAUGGCUACAGCGGCGUCUUCUCUUUCUACAUCAAAGGCGACUUACCGCAAUCGAGUGCCUUUCUGAAAGCUCUGAAACUCUUUUCGUUGGCCGAAAGCCUGGGUGGCUAUGAGAGUCUAGCCGAGCUGCCCUCCAUCAUGACGCAUGCCUCAGUGCCUGCAGAGGAUCGUAAAGCUUUGGGCAUUUCGGACGCUUUGAUACGCCUCUCGGUGGGUCUGGAGGAUGCCGAGGAUUUAAUCGAUGAUAUCAAAAAUGCUUUGGAUGUUGCAGCCAAAGUUUGAAUUUUUAAGUAUUUAAAAAAGGAGUACUUUU